UGUUGUCAAUAGUCUCACAGAAAUGGCGGCGCCCAACAGCAACGUGGAAGAGAUCCGAAAUCGUGUAAUUCUUGGGGAAUAUGGCGUGCGGAAUGUCCAUACCACUGACUUCCCAGGAAACUACCGUGGCUACGAUGACACAUGGGACCAGAAGAAAUUUGAAGAGAAUUUUCGAGUUGACAUAAUUCAAAUGGAUGAAAGUACAGGUACAUUGGAGUUCGACAUGGUUGGGAUUGACGCUGCUAUCGCUAAUGCUUUCCGACGUAUUCUAUUAGCAGAGGUGCCAACGAUGGCAGUAGAGAAGGUGUUUAUAUACAACAACACAUCCAUUGUCCAGGAUGAGAUUCUGGCACAUAGACUAGGGCUGAUUCCAAUCAAGGCCGACCCCCGGCUCUUUGAAUACCGAAGCGCAGGAGAUGAAGAAGGCACAGAGAUUGACACAAUUCAAUUUCAAUUAAACAUAAAGUGCUCCAAGAACCCAAGAGCCACCAAAGACUCUACAGACCCCAGCGAGCUCUACCUCAACCACAUGGUUUACACCAAGCACAUGAAGUGGAUUCCGAUUGGGAACCAGGCAGACCUGUUCUCUGAAGCAGAUAUCUGCCCAGUUCACGAUGACAUUCUGAUCGCCAAGCUUCGCCCAGGGCAGGAGCUAGACAUCAUCAUGCACUGUGUGAAGGGAAUUGGUCAAGACCAUGCCAAGUUUUCUCCGGUGGCCACGGCAAGUUACCGCCUCCUUCCUGAAAUCUCACUGAUGCAGGUGGUGGAGGGGGAUCUGGCAGAGAAACUGAAACUCUGCUUUUCAAAGGGCGUCAUCGAGAUUGAAAAUGUCAAUGGGAGGAAGUUUGCUAAGGUGGUGAAUUCUCGACUAGAUACCUGCAGUAGAGAAGUCCUCCGGUACGAGGAACUGAAAAACAAGGUGAAGCUUGCCAGAGUCCGAGAUCACUUUAUCUUCUCUGUGGAGUCGACAGGAAUCCUUCCCCCAGACGUUCUGGUGAGCGAGGCGAUCAAAGUCCUGAUGUCAAAGUGUCGGAGAUUUCUGGAUGAACUAGACUCUUCUCAGGUGGAAUAACUGAAGAAUGUGAAGAUCUGCCUGGACUUUCCCAUUUUGGAAAUUAUUUUUGUUCUGGUCAGAGAUUAACCAAUGUGUAAACCCCCCCCCAAGUCUGGGUUAUAUCUGGACAAGUUCUCUUUACAGUUCGAUAUUGAGCAGCUGAUUUGUAAAGAUGGCUUUCCUUCUAUGUUAAGCUGCAGUAUAGAAGUAUAGUUUGCCACAAGUUAUUUCAAGAUUUACAGUUUGGUUAUACAGAUCUGUGCUGAAAACCAAGACUGGUUUUUACUGUGUUUUGUUUCUUAUGGAUCUCCCACCCCAUGUGAUUUUACUGUUGUAAGCAGUUCAAAUCAGCGCUGUACAAUAAACAUGAAAAACUAA